AUGGACAAUAACGCAGGAAGAAUUGAGGAAUCCGGAGAUGCUGAUCACAAGCGUAAGAAGAGGAAUAUGGGAAGGGCAGAGUGGAGUCGGCAAAUGGUAGAUAAAAGAGCACGAAAUGACGAACAGAACGAAACGAAGCGGCGCAAGCUCGAGAACGGUGAAGAAGUAUCGGCUCCCAUCUAUGCGACGCAUUUCUCGCAAGAAGAUAUCGAGAGCGAGCAAAGACGGCCAAAGAAGAAGGUUGCCGUGUUGAUCGGAUACGCUGGUACAGGUUAUCAUGGAAUGCAAUUGAGCGACAAAGAAAAGACCAUUGAAGGCGACCUCUUUGCUGCCUUCGUGGCAGCAGGCGCCAUCUCUAAAGCCAACGCGGCCGACCCCAAGAAAUCCUCGUUGGUCCGAUGCGCGCGCACGGAUAAGGGAGUUCACGCCGCGGGUAACGUUGUCUCCCUGAAACUCAUCGUCGAAGAUCCGGAUAUUGUCAAAAAGAUCAACGAGCAGCUUUGUCCCCAGAUUCGAGUUUGGGAUGUUCAGGUCACGAAUAAGGGAUUCAGCUGCUACCAGAUGUGCGACUCUCGCGUCUACGAGUAUCUUAUCCCCAGUUACUGUUUCCUGCCACCGCACCCCAGCACCUAUCUGGGCAGGAAGAUCGUAGAGCUUGCCGAGAAAGAAGGGGACCUCGAAGGCCUCAAAGCUAGGCAGGAGGAGGUUGCGACCUACUGGAACGAUAUAGACAACGAACGCAUAAAGCCCAUCCUCGAAUCGCUGCCAGAUGACAUCCGCAAACUGGUCGAAAAGGCCCUGUACUUCGAUGAAGAAAAGGCCGCAGAGAGCGAGUCGGCAGAUCAAAAGGAAGAACCCCAGCAAACAUCCGGCCAGACCGCCACGGCAGAGACAGACGCAGAAGAGGAAGCCCGCAGACGGAGGAUCUACGAAGCCGUCAAGCAAGUCAAGACCGCCUACACUGAGGCCAAGCGGGCCUACCGCAUCCCCUCCAUUCGCCUGGACCGCCUGCAGGCGACACUUGACAAGUACAUCGGGACCAACAACUUCUACAACUACACCAUCCAGAAGACGCACGGUGAUCCCUCCGCGAAGCGGUACAUCAAGACAUUCCAGGUCGACCGCAACUCGAUCCUCAUCAACGGCACCGAGUGGCUCAGCCUGAAAGUCCACGGCCAGAGCUUCAUGAUGCACCAGAUCCGCAAGAUGGUCGCCAUGGCCACCAUGCUCGUGCGGGCUGGCGGCGACCCCGCGCGCAUCGUAGAAUCGUACGGCCCAACUAAGAUCGCCGUCCCCAAGGCACCGGGACUCGGCCUCUUGCUGGAACGUCCCAUUUUCGACGGAUACAACAAGAAGGCGACGACUACGCUGGGCAAAGACCCCAUCGACUUUAGCAAAUACGAGAAGGAAAUCAAUGAGUUCAAGCAGCGGGAGAUCUACGAUCGGAUCUUCCGCGAGGAGGAACAAGCAAAUGCCUUCUCUGUUUUCUUCAACCACAUCGACCACUUCAGCCAAGAGACAUUCCUCUACGUCACAUCCGGGGGCGUGGCGGCUUCGGCACAGCCAAACCCGCCUACUGAUGGAACAGAGGCGGAACAGAAAGAGGUCGGCCAAGGAACCACGAAGUCUAGAAAGGAAGCUCUGGCUGCCGUGGAAGCUGAAUCAGAUGAUGAGCAGGCGAAUCCCAACGGUGAAGAGGGGGGUUGA